CCAACUAACUACUCUUUAUUAUUCACACUUGCAUUGAACAUUUGUUGACAACAAAAUCAAGAAUCACACACACUGAAAUCCUUGUCAAGAACAUAGCUGAGCAAGAAAAGGUAGCAGAAAUGGAUGAAAAUCUGCGGGAAACAGUGGGAAACAAGCAGAUUUUGUUUAAGGGAUAUAUAGAAGGAGCUCCAAAGGAAUCAGACAUGGAGUUAAAAUUGGGUAACGAGAUCAAGCUAGAAGCUCCAAAAGGGAGUGGUGCAUUCUUGGUCAAGAAUCUUUAUCUCUCUUGUGAUCCCUAUAUGCGUGGCCGAAUGCGAGAUUUUCAUGGAUCCUAUAUCCCUCCUUUCGUCCCGGGUUCGGUGGUUGAAGGAUUUGGAGUGUCAAAAGUGAUUGACUCUGAUAACCCGAACUUCAAGCCGGGAGACAUAGUUUCGUGUUUCACCGGAUGGGAGGAGUACACCUUGCUUCGCAACACGGAGCAGUUGAGGAAAGUUCAACCAGACGACAUACCUCUUUCGUAUCACAUAGGCCUCCUAGGCAUGCCGGGUUUCACGGCUUAUGCUGGAUUCUACGAGGUUUGUGCCCCAAAGAGGGGCGAGCGAGUGUUUGUGUCCGCUGCCUCAGGAGCUGUCGGGCAGCUCGUUGGCCAGCUCGCUAAGUUGCACGGAUGCUACGUUGUUGGAAGUGCUGGGAGUAACCAGAAAGUUGAUCUUCUCAAGAACAAGCUUGGAUUUGAUGAAGCUUUCAACUAUAAACAAGAACCAGAUCUUGAUGCAGCUCUCAAAAAAUAUUUCCCGGAAGGCAUCGACAUAUACUUUGAGAACGUCGGGGGAGCCAUGCUCGAUGCGGUGCUGGUGAACAUGAGGGUUCACGGGAGAAUAGCAGUCUGCGGGAUGGUGUCCCAGGCAGGGAUUGGGGCGUCUGAUCAACAAGGGAUUCGAAACCUCUUCAGCCUCGUCUCAAAACGCGUAAUAAUGCAGGGAUUUCUGCAGUCCGAUUACUUACAUUUGUUUCCGAGGUUUGUCGAACAAGUUGGGAAUCUGUACAAAGAGGGGAAGAUAACAUACUUGGAAGAUAUGAAUCAUGGAUUGGAGAGUGCCCCUGCUGCCUUUGCUGCCCUCUUUACCGGUAAAAAUGUCGGUAAGCAAGUUGUCUGUGUAGCUCGGACAUAAGGACCUCGUUCGUGUUCAUUUCUUGUUUUCUAAUACCUCAAAUUGUUCGUGUUCCUCGUCCUGGUUCUCGUUAACUGUAUCAAUAAACUUACAUAGUAGUAUUACAUAAAAAUCAAUGCUUGAUCUAUUCUUUUA